UAUUCUGAAGGAUGCAUCAUUCAUGGCAAUCUUCUGCUAGGCAAAAGUAUUAUUUGGACGAAUACAAAAAAAAAGAAUGCUCUCGAAGUUCUUCCCUGUCUGGUUUCCUAAUCAGAAAUAGUCUAUAUGAGUAAUUUUAUAGGGUAAGGGAUUCACAAUGUCAUGUUUAAAAUAAGAAAAUUAUAGAUAAUUUCUUUAUUUUCUGGACACAAUGUUAAUUAGGCAUAAUUUAUUUGCAAAAGUUUUACCACAAAACAAACGUUCAGAUAAAUCGCAUUAUACUUGUGAGUUCUUAUCCAUUAAAUAUACGUUCAUGAGCGUAUCAACGUAUUUUUUUUUACUUGAUACAGACAUUCAUCACCUCCUUUUACCAGGUAAACGUGAAAACCAAAACUUCACAUUUUAACAGUUACCAUCACACACUCUUAAACUUUGACGUUUACGGUACGAGUCACAAGGAGGUAUUUUUUAUCACAUUUAUCAUUCAUCUUUAACCCUAUCGUCCGUUUGUUUGUUUACAAUGGUCACAGUUUUCACGAUAACGUAAUGUGCUAUUGGCGCGUUUGAGAUGAGUAAAUGUUAGUUGUUUGCUAUACAUCGGUGGUGUUAGACGCUAACUUGGUUGUUGCGAUGGCCUUGUCAGACCGUCACUUGUUUUUAAGUAGACGCCUCGUCACUGAUAACGGUGUGACCGACGGUGGUGUGCUGGUCAACGAACGCGGCACCAUUGAACAACUUGUCACUAGGGAACAAGCCGAUAAAAUUAUAGCUGAAAGCGAUGGAAAAAUCAAGGUAGUUGAUGGUGGGGAGUUGGCACUACUGGCUGGGGUAGUGGACUCGCAUGUGCAUGUGAACGAGCCUGGCCGCACAGCCUGGGAGGGUUUCCGUACCGCCACCAGCGCCGCUGCAGCCGGCGGGAUCACCACCAUCGUGGAUAUGCCACUGAAUUCAAUUCCCCCGACAACGACGUUGGAGAAUCUGAAGACAAAAGCAUCUUCUGCUGAUGGCAACGUCUACGUCGAUGUUGGUUUCUGGGGCGGUGUUAUUGUGGGGAAUGAUGAUUCUCUUCAGGACCUCGUGAAAGCAGGUGUGGUCGGUUUUAAAUGUUUUCUGUGCCCGAGUGGAGUCGACGAAUUCCCAAAUGUUGGACCUGAAGACUUAGAAAAAGCCUUUGCAGCGUUAGAGGGUACAGGAUCAGUUUUAGCGUUUCAUGCGGAACUUGAUGAUGAUAGUAAACCAACAAAUAAAAAGAUAAAAAAGAAAGACCCCGAAGAAUACGAGACCUACCUGGAAUCAAGGCCGCCUAAUAUGGAACUAAAUGCCGUUUCGCUUAUUAAAGAUUUUGUUGACAAAACUGAUGUCCGAGUGCAUGUGGUCCACGUGUCCUCGUCAGAGGUGGUUCCACUCUUAGUGAAGGCUCGGGAGUCGCGCAUAUCGCAGGGCCACCAGGCGUGGCGCGCCGGAGUCACCGCCGAGACCUGCCACCACUACCUGACGCUCAGCGCCGACCAGAUACCUAAAGGCCGUAGCGAGUAUAAAUGUGCACCACCUAUCAGAGAUAAAGAUAACAAGGAAAAGUUAUGGGAAUAUUUAUUGGAUGACAAAUUGGACUUAGUUGUGUCAGAUCACUCGCCCUGCACUCCAGAUCUCAAAUGCUCAAAUAAUCUGGAAGCCUGGGGCGGAAUAUCAUCCGUGCAAUUUGGUUUAUCCCUAUUUUGGACGGGGGCGAGUUCUCGUGGCCUGGACCUAACAGCAAUCACAAAGUAUAUGAGUUCAGGUCCAGCCCAGCUGUGCGGUCUCCAGAACCGUAAGGGCGCGUUGAAGCCUGGCCUUGACGCUGACCUCAUAUUCUUCGAUCCUGACGAUACUUUUGUAGUAACUAAGGAGAUUAUUAGACACAAGAACAAGUUAACACCUUACAUCGGCAAGGAGCUAAAAGGCGUUGUAAAGAAAACUUAUCUCCGCGGACGACUGAUAUAUAACGACGGAGAAGUUAUUGAAGACCCUAAAGGAAAAUUAUUGUUAAACAUUUAAAAAUAAGAACUUGAAUAAUUGUAAUAUACUUCGUAGUAAAAUAUGCCAAACGAAAACCUUUUAAUAAAAAGGUUUGAAAGAAG